UGUUAUCGAAUCGGCAAAUGUGAUAACUUUCGUUAUGCCCUUGACUUUGAUAAAAAUAUAACGCGUAAGAAGCCUGUGUUACUUUACGUUAGUGUAGCUCUAGGCGUACUUAAGAAUGCAGGUUAUUAAGGGUGUAGCUUUUACAGCAGUAUAUUUUACUAUCGCGUUUGGAGCAUCUAUUCUGGACCUUUUAACUAAAGAAGACUAUCAAUGCAUGGAAGAUUUAAACAUUGAUGUAAACCAACUUCUAGCACAUUUCGACGAUGAUUUUAAACUCAAGCCUGACGAUCAAGUAUUACUAGCGGAAGGGGUUUGCUGGUUAAAACGUAUGAAAAUGAUGGACGAUAAUAACAAUUUAAAUUGGGACAACUUAGUACAACUACCGAUCAUGAUUAUGCCCCUAUAUGGGAAGCAAGAUAUGGCUAACAAAGAAGAAGUAGCGGCCAAUGUAUUGCAAAAGUGCAGAGAAGAUGUUUUAGCCUCUCAAAAUAUUGCAACCACCCUAAAUAAUUGUAUUGGUGAUCAAUUGAGCAAAUUAUAAUGUAGUGUGUGUUUAUUUUACUUUUUAUUUUAUUCAGAGAUGCGCAAUACUUGACCUUCUGGUAUUGAUAAGAAUAGCGUUAGGAUUAAGUUUCAUAAUAUAGAAUUUGUAAUUU